AUGUUGCAUUCCAAUCACGAGAUUGCCUUGAGCCAGCCUUUGCAGCUCCUAGCAGUUGGCGGUGUUAGUAUACUUGCUGUCAAUCUCGUGGUCACUGUGAUCUAUAGACUUUGGUUUCACCCUUUGGCCAAGUUUCCUGGCCCCAAACUCAACGCAGUCUCUUCGUUCCCAUCAGUCUCUUCACUAUUAAGUGGAAGAUUAGCCCUCGAUAACAAGCUCAUUCACAACAAAUAUGGCUCUGUCGUUCGAGUGUCACCAAAUGAGCUCUCCUUCAACUCCGUCGACGCCUGGGAGGACAUUUACGGCUUCAAAACUGGAGGACGCCAGAAUAUGCACAAAGAUCCUAUUCACGUGGGAUCAGUAGACCCGCUACCAGGUGCAUCUACUCUGACCAUGGCCGAUGACAACAAUCAUUCUCGGCAGAGACGAGCUCUCUCUCACUCAUUUUCUGAGAGGGCGCUUCGGGAACAAGAAUACAUUAUUCAACAUUACAUUGACAAGCUCAUAGAGAGCUGCAAGCGCAUGGCUGGCACGGGCGAGAAACUCAACCUUGUCAACUGGCUCAACUUCACGACGUUCGAUAUCAUUGGUGACUUGGCCUUUGGUGAGCCCUUUGGCUGUCUGGACAUUGGAGCGUUUCACUCUUGGGUGGCCCUGAUAUACGACACGGUGAAGGUUGGCGCUUUCGAGCAAGCUACUCGAAGGCUAGCUGAAGCAGGAUCAUGGUGGCAACUCACUCUGUUGAACAUGAUACCAGACAAAUGGCGCCAGAGAAGACGCAAUCAUCUAGUAUACAGUCGCGAGAAGGUUAUGCAACGUCUCACGAACGAGAAGACGGAGCACAAGGACUUCAUCUACUACAUCCUCAACCAGAAGGAGAAGUACAAUCUACACGAAAACGAGAUCGUCCUCAAUGGUGCGCUAUUUAUCGUUGCCGGCAGCGAGACAACAGCAAACCUGCUGUCUGGGCUUUUCGCGCGGUUGAUCUGGAACCCAGACAAAUAUAGGAAGCUUUGCGAGGAGAUCCGAUCCAACUUUGCAAGCGAAGACGAGAUCAAUUACGAGAAAACAGGUCAGCUCACAUACCUCAAUGCGUGUCUUGAGGAAGGUCUCCGCAUCCACCCUCCAGUGCCUACCGGCCUUUUACGAACGGUACCUAAGGCAGGCGACACAAUCGAUGGGCACUGGGUUCCCGGAGGCGUUUCAGUCUCUGUGAGUAGCUGGGCAGCCUCACAUAAUCCAGUGAACUUCAGAGACUGCGAUAGCUUCAUCCCGGAGCGAUGGCUCGAUGACGCCUAUGCCUCCGACCACAAAAGGGCCAUGCAGCCAUUCUCUCUUGGACCUCGUGGGUGUAUUGGGAAGAAUUUAUCGUACAUGGAGAUGAGGCUUAUUGUGUCACGUCUUCUGUGGCAUUUCGAUAUCGUGAGCACAGAUGGUGCGUGGCAAUGGAACCCGGCUGGUGAAAUGAAGCAUAUGAAAGCCUAUACCACAUGGCAGAAGCCAGAGCUCUCAAUCAAAUUUGUCGCAGUGAGAGGUAGAAAGGAUGCAAAACGAAUUGUCUCUCGCGCGUACACUGCACAGACGCAAGGAGAGAGGGCAAAUGUUGAUGGCACACAUAUGGCAUGA